UUUCCCUCCCAGAAGCCCGCGGGCGGCGAGGAGCACCGUCUGUGUAAUGGCCGCGGGAACCGGGACGGCAAGCCCCGUUUCCGGCCCGGGCGUCGUACGUGACCUGGAGGCGUCACAGUCGAAGAAGCGGCCCGGCCGGGAAGGCGGGGAGGGCGCGCGGCGAUCGGACGCGAUGGCGGGAGGAGGCGGGAGCAGCGACGGCAGCGGGCGGGCGGCAGGCCGGCGGGCGUCCCGCAGCGGCGGGCGGGCUCGGCGGGGGCGCCAGGAGCCGGGGCUGGGGGGCGCCACGGAGCGGGGCGCGGGGGAGGCGCGGCUGGAGGAGGCGGUCAACCGCUGGGUGCUCAAGUUCUACUUCCACGAGGCGCUGCGGGCCUUUCGGGGUAGCCGGUACGGGGACUUCCGGCAGAUCCGGGACAUCAUGCAGGCUUUGCUCGUCAGGCCCUUGGGGAAGGAGCACACCGUGUCCCGGCUGCUGCGGGUUAUGCAGUGUCUGUCGCGCAUCGAAGAAGGAGAGAAUUUAGACUGUUCCUUUGAUAUGGAGGCUGAGCUCACACCGCUGGAAUCAGCUAUCAAUGUGCUGGAGAUGAUUAAAACGGAAUUUACACUGACAGAGGCAGUGGUCGAAUCCAGUAGAAAACUGGUCAAGGAGGCUGCUGUCAUUAUUUGUAUCAAAAACAAAGAAUUUGAAAAGGCUUCAAAAAUUUUGAAAAAACAUAUGUCCAAGGACCCCACAACUCAGAAGCUGAGAAAUGAUCUCCUGAACAUUAUCCGUGAGAAGAACUUGGCCCACCCUGUUAUCCAGAACUUUUCCUACGAGACCUUCCAACAGAAGAUGCUGCGUUUCCUGGAGAGUCACUUGGAUGAUGCAGAGCCCUACCUCCUCACGAUGGCCAGAAAGGCUUUGAAAUCUGAGACUGCUGCCUCAAGUACAGUGAAGGAAGAUAAACAGCCAGCACCAGAGCCUGUGCAAAAGCCACUCAGAGAACCUGUAAGGCAGUUACAGAGUACUCCAACCACCAUUGGAAUUACGACCUUGAAAGCAGCUUUCAAGACUCUGUCCAGUGCACAAGAUUCUGAGGCAGCCUUCUCAAAACUGGACCAGAAAGAUCUGGUACUUCCUAAUCGAGUGUCCAUGCCAUCACCAGCCCUCAAAAACAAGAGACCAAGAAAAGAUGAAAAUGAAAGUUCAGCCCCUGCUGAGGGUGAGGGUGGCUCUGAACUGCAGCCCAAGAACAAGCGCAUGACAAUAAGCAGAUUGGUUUUGGAGGAGGACAGCCAGAGUACUGAGCCAAGUGCAAGUCUCGACUCCUCCCAGAAGAAUCCCAAAGUACCCAAAGGCAAGUGGAACAGCUCUAAUGGGGUUGAAGAAAAAGAGACAUGGGUGGAAGAGGAUGAACUGUUUCAAGUUCGGGCAGCACCAGAUGAAGAGAGCACAACCAGUAUAACAAGAAAGCAGAAGUGGACUGCAGAAGAAAGCGAGUGGGUCAAGGCUGGAGUGCAGAAAUACGGGGAAGGAAACUGGGCUGCCAUUUCCAAAAAUUACCCAUUUGUUAACCGAACAGCUGUGAUGAUUAAGGAUCGCUGGCGGACCAUGAAAAAACUUGGCAUGAACUGAAACAGGCUUUCAUUUCCACAGAAUUCACAGGAGCAUGGUUCCUAAUAAUAGCCCUUGAUAGUCUGUUGUUUCUUUCAGAAGCUGGGCUGGGCUGAGAAUUUUGGGCAUCCUCCUCCAACAUGGGGGAGGUCCCAGUUCUACUUCAUCGCUGUUGAAGAUCAUGGAGCUGAGAAACAAAGCCAAGUCCACCCCAUGUCCUUGGCAGAGAUGACAGGCACAUAGCUUGUACAGUGCCAGAAUAUCAUUAGUAUUUCCCUUCUUUAGUGGUUUGCUUGAAUUUAAAUCCCUGGUAAUCAGUAGAACCUUCUCCUAGGAAAUGGUGGAGUCUGUUAGGAGCCACUUACGAUUCUGACCUGUUAAAACCAGCAACAUGAGCAUUAUUUGGAGUGAACUUGUUCCAGAUGAAGCUUCAGCCUUCUGAUGCAAAUGCAAAGGAACUUCAUCUGUCAUGAAUCCAGGCUGAUGAGAGACCAGUCCUGGUGGAAUCAGAGUCUCUUUUAAAACUGUUUAGCCAGUUGUAACAUUAAUAUCUACACCUGAGAGCCUUGGCAUUUGCUCUUAAUAUUUGCUGGGCUACGUAGGCAGGUUUAACCUCCACCUCUCCUGUGGUUGAACCAGUGUGUUUUUUUGUAAAACAGUGAUUGUAGAUAAGCUUAGCCCUUUCCCCUACCUCCUCUGCCCAGUUCCUUUCCUUAUGCCGAACUUUUAAAGCUUAAAAAAAUCCUGA